UCGCGCACUGGAUGCUGGCAGGCGGCGCGCGCUGCGGUCACCAUGCGAAGCUUCCUCCGGAUCCGUUUUAGGACCUGCUCGGGUCAUAGCCUACGAGACGCGUAGCCUCACAACAACGGGUCAAAGUCGCACUCACAAGCCGGUUCGGCGGUGGCGGUAUCCACAGGAUGGACUCUGAUUGUUUUUUCCCGCGGACGGCGGCGUGCGGGCGGGCUGCUGUCGGCGGUAAAGUGGCUUCAUGAGUGUCCAAAGUAACAGUGGAAGUUUGGAGGCGACGCCAUCUUGGUCGCAGCUCUCCUCGUCCCCAACCAUUUCUCAACAACAGCAAAUAACGGCGACCGCAAAGACCAAGGAAGGGCCCAUGGAGGAGUUGCACAGCCUCGACCCCAGGAGACAAGAGCUGCUGGAGGCCAGGUUUACAGGUGCUGUCAGUGGCAACACAGUAGGCAGCACUGGGAGCACCAGUGGAGGGGCUAAGGGUAUGGCUAACGAGUCCUCUAACCACAGCUUUGGCAGUCUAGGUUCAUCAAGUGACAAGGAGUCUGAGAACUCUGAUUUGAAGAGAGGGAGCUCCCCUGCUUACUCAACCCCAGAGAAGAAGGUCUCUGAAUCAUCUAGAGGGAGAAAAAGAAAAGCUGAGACCUAUUCAGAAAGUAGUCAAGGGAAGACCUCUACACGUGGGCCCAAGAUCAGCGACUACUUCGAUUUCCAUGGUGGAAACGGUUCCAGUCCAGUUAGAGGCCUCCCAUCAGCUCGUCGCUCUCCGCAGAACUCACACUCUGGCCCAGGUUCCAUUAUACGGCAGAAUAGCUCCUCUCCCACAAGUCUCUCUUUUGGGGAACAUAAUCCUAAAGCUUCCUGCAGCAAGUCUGUCCAGACUGAGUUGACGGGUCUGAAAUUAGCAGCUCUGGAGAGCAACAAGAGCCUGGAUCUUGAAAAGAAAGAAGGACGAAUUGAUGACCUGCUUCGGGCUAAUUGUGACUUGAGGAGACAGAUCGAUGAACAGCAAAAGCUCCUGGAGAAAUACAAAGAGAGGCUAAACAAGUGCAUCACUAUGAGCAAAAAAUUGCUCAUAGAGAAGAGUACCCAAGAGAAGCAGUCGUGUCGUGAGAAGAGCAUGCAAGACCGUUUACGUCUCGGCCAUUUCACCACUGUGAGACAUGGAGCAUCUUACACUGAGCAGUGGACGGAUGGCUAUGCAUUCCAGAACCUGAUCAAGCAGCAGGAAGGCAUUAACCAGCAGAGGGAGGACAUUGAACGACAGAGGAAGCUGCUGGCCAAGAGGAAACCUCCAAACUCCACAUCUCCUGCACUCUCACUGGCUUCAAGCUCUGAACCCAAGCAGCGCAAAGCCAAGGUGGUCAACGGCAAUGAUUCUGACCCCUUCCUCAAGCCCUCUUUGCCUCAGCUACUGACCCUUGCUGAGUAUCACGAGCAGGAAGAGAUCUUUAAGCUUCGUCUUGGACAUCUGAAGAAGGAGGAAGCUGAGAUCCAAGCAGAGCUAGAGAGGUUGGAGCGGGUAAGGAAUCUCCAUAUCAGAGAGCUGAAGAGGAUAAACAAUGAGGACAGCUCAACGUUUAAAGACCAUCCAACUCUAAAUGAAAGGUACCUGCUGCUGCACUUGCUGGGCAGGGGUGGUUUCAGUGAAGUUUACAAGGCAUUUGACCUUUUUGAGCAGCGCUAUGCAGCAGUUAAAAUCCAUCAACUGAACAAAAACUGGAGAGAGGAAAAAAAGGAAAAUUACCACAAGCAUGCGUGUAGGGAGUAUCGGAUACAUAAGCAGUUGGAUCAUCCCAGAAUAGUCAAAUUGUAUGACUAUUUCUCCCUGGAUACUGACACGUUCUGUACUGUGCUGGAAUUCUGUGAGGGUAACGACCUGGACUUUUACCUGAAACAAAACAAGCUCAUGUCAGAGAAGGAGGCACGCUCCAUUGUUAUGCAGAUUGUCAGCGCUCUGCGCUACCUCAACGAGAUCAAACCCCCAAUCAUUCACUACGAUCUCAAACCUGGUAACAUCUUAUUGGUAGAUGGCACAGCGUGUGGAGAAAUCAAAAUCACAGACUUCGGCCUGUCGAAGAUCAUGGAUGAUGACAACUAUGGUGUGGAUGGGAUGGACUUGACAUCACAAGGGGCAGGAACCUACUGGUACCUCCCUCCUGAAUGUUUUGUGGUGGGAAAGGAGCCUCCUAAGAUCUCCAACAAGGUGGAUGUCUGGUCUGUAGGUGUGAUCUUCUUCCAGUGCCUCUAUGGACGCAAGCCAUUUGGCCACAACCAGUCUCAGCAGGACAUUCUACAGGAAAAUACCAUCCUCAAAGCCACAGAGGUCCAGUUCCCUGCUAAACCACAGGCCAGCACAGAGGCCAAGGCUUUUAUUCGACGCUGCCUGGCCUAUCGUAAAGAGGACAGGUUUGACGUUCACCAGCUGUGCUCGGACUCCUACUUGCUCCCUCACAUGAGACGCUCCAACUCCUCCGGCUCCCUGCAGUCCUCCGCCUCAACACUCCCCACCUACUGACUGGCUCCUCCCACAUGUACUGACUGGACUUUCUGGCCAGUCCUAAGGCAGCGUUGUUGGAAUUGGAGGAUGGGGGAGGGUGUGAAGAAAGCUGACUGAACGUUUUUCCUAAGUUGUUUGAAAAGUGCACAACUAGCAGCAGCAAAGAAGGAGACGGGAAGCGUGAGAUGGAAGCGAGGUACAUGAGGGAGGGAGUCUGACACUGUGUGCAUUGUGACCACAGACCUGCCUGUGUGAUAUGGAAGAAAGGAAAAACCUGAACAGGAUGCUGACAGUGUUUGAAGAAAGAAAAGUUUAAAAAAAGAAUCUUGUGGACAUGGUGACGACGACCUUUUUUGCCCUGAGGAGUCAUUUCAACACUUCCAGGAAGGAGUCUGUCAGUGUUACGGUUGGCUGAGAAUAGAUUCAUCCUAUAGCAGAUGUUACAGAUGUUUCUCUGAAGGUGGAAGUGUUGAAGUGGGUGGAACAGAAAAAUCCACCAGCUUCACACAGACUGUUUCAAUCAAACCUGGAGUCAUUGAAUUUUUCCCUCCGCACAACAGAAACUACCCUUACCAGACUAGAUUUUGGGAAAAAAAAAUUGCACCUGUUAAUUUCUGGAUGGAUGAUUAGCACUUUGGAUCCAGAUGAGCAUGAGGUACCGUAGAUGAGAACCAAACCUUCCGUUCAUAAUGUAAGGCCCUAUAAAAA